AUGCCGCCGAGCGGAGCGGAGCAGAGCAGAGCCGUGAGACGCGGGGCUGUACCCGCAGGGUCCGUGCCGGCGAGCUCCGACACCGUGUGGGACGCUGAAGCUGCCUUGACUAACGCCUGCGUGGCUGCAGGAAAUCCUAACCCGAGUUACCCAUCCUUGGCGUUGUUGACUUCAUCACCAGGUGAAAAUGCAUUCCAGGUGAAGAUCACUGCUCCUGAUGAACAGUUCACUCGAGUUGGUGUGCAAGUAUUGGACAGGAAAGAUGGUUCCUUCCUUGUGAGAUACAGGAUGUAUGCAAGCUACAAAAACCUGAAGAUAGAAGUCAAAGCUGGAGAUAAACAUGUUGCAAAGUCUCCAUACAUUUUAAAAGGACCCAUUUACCAUGAAAACUGUGACUGCCCUCAGGAGGAGAGCAGGGUGUGGCUGGAAGAUAUGAACUGCCCUCAGAUUAUUCCACAGAUUCAAAGAGACCUGGCAAAUUUUCCUAUUGUUGAUCCAGAUAAGAUUGCGAAAGAAAUUCCACAGAGGUUCGGACAAAGGCAGAGUUUGUGUCACUACACCAUCAAAGAUAACGAGGUUUAUAUAAAGACGUAUGGUGAACAUGUUGGCUUCAGAAUUUUCAUGGAUGCCAUACUGCUUUCUCUGACAAGAAAAGUGAAAAUGCCAGAUGUAGAAUUUUUUGUUAAUUUAGGGGACUGGCCUCUGGAGAAAAGAAAGUCCCCACAGAACUUGCACCCUAUCUUCUCAUGGUGUGGGUCCAGUGAAUCAAAAGACAUUGUCAUGCCAACAUAUGACUUAACAGACUCAGUUUUGGAGACUAUGGGCCGAGUCAGUCUGGAUAUGAUGUCAGUUCAGGCAAAUACUGGCCCAUCAUGGGAAGACAAGAAUACCACAGCGUUCUGGAGGGGACGUGACAGCCGCAAAGAGAGGCUUGAACUUGUAAAACUGAGCAGAAAAUACCCAGAGAUCAUAGAUGCUGCUUUCACAAACUUUUUUUUUUUUAAACAUGAUGAAAGCCUCUAUGGCCCUAUUGUUAAGCACAUUUCAUUUUUUGACUUCUUUAAGUAUAAAUAUCAAAUUAAUAUUGAUGGCACGGUGGCAGCAUACAGAUUGCCUUAUCUGCUAGCAGGAAACAGUGUGGUGCUAAAGCAAGACUCCAUCUACUAUGAGCAUUUUUAUAAUGAGCUGCAGCCAUGGAAACAUUAUAUUCCAUUUAAAAGUGACCUGAGUGAUCUACUAGAAAAACUACAGUGGGCAAAAGAGCAUGAUGAAGAGGCAAAAAGCAUUGCAAAAUCUGGACAAGAAUUUGCAAGAAACAGCCUCAUGGGAGAUCACAUUUUUUGCUACUAUUUCAAACUUUUCCAGGAAUAUGCCAGCUUGCAAGUGAGUGAGCCAAAAAUCAGAGAUGGGAUGGAGAAAGUGCAGCAGCCUGAUGAUGACCUUUUUCCCUGCACUUGCCACAGAAAAAAGGCCAAAGAUGAACUCUGACAGAAAGAAACAAAACAUUUUUUUUAAUAUUUACCUAUAUUGAGAAUGCCUUAUUAAAGAAAGAAGAAAAAUUUGGAUUAAAAUGCCAAUGGAUAAUGGCAAUGGAUAUUAUGAAGUUCAGUGUAUCAUGAUCUACAUAUUGGAAGAAAACCAAGCAUCUCGUAUCUCCUUCUAUCAUGCAGUGGUUGCUAAGCCUAGUUCAAAAACAUUUUUUAUAUUUUUUAUUUCUUUUUUUAAUAAAAGCCAUGUUUGUAUCA